AAUACAGGUCCGUUGCCAGUUAUUAUACUAUUUAUUUAAUCUCUCUCUCUCUCUCUCUCUCUCUCUCUCUCUCUCUCUCUCUCUCUCUCCCCAUUGAGACCAACAAAUCCUUCAAAAUGCUCACAUCAACACAUCACCACCACCUCCAAAUCUCCCCUCUGUUGGUUCUGGUUUCGCCUCAUCUCUAGCUCCACCGCAUUCUCAAACUUCACGCUGCAAAACUUCAAUUCAAUGGCGGUCGGUACUACUGAAGAGGGAUGUGAUAGUUUUAGUGUUGUAGUAUUAUCUGAUGAAGGAGGCAACACAGUAGUUGAAUGUGAAGUGCCAAAAGAUCUGUUGAAUCCUGUUGCAGAGGUUCGGAUUCCAUUAAAGAGCCAGCUGUCACUUGAUGCACGUUUGAGCAAUCAAAGCUACAUUAACAUGAUGGUUGAAAAUGCAGUUGCAUAUUCAACAUGCACUGUAGAUGUUGAUAUUGAAAAAGGGAAAUCAGAGACUCAAAGCAAUGAAGAAACUCUUGUUCUUGCUAAUUUGAAGAAUGAGGAAGUUUUGACUAAAUCACUGCAGAAACAGAUCAGCUUUGACAUGGGAGGUAAAUACAUGCAGUUGUUGAUGAAUCACAGCCUCAUGCUAUCAAAGUUCUCUACUCGUGAUAAGGGUGCAACCGAGAAGCUUCUAGAUGCUCCCAGAUCAAGGAAAUAUAAACGUGCUGCCUCUUUUAAUUCAAGAAAAGUCGUUCUCUUGUUCUCAGUCUUGUCGAGUUUGGGAACGAUGAUACUGAUAUAUCUGACAUUGAGAGUUAGACAGUUUGGUGAUGCCUCUAUUCAUUCAGAGUGAAUUUACAUUUACCACCCUGCACUUUGUAAGUUGGCGUUUCUUUGCAUCCGGAGACGAUUUCUUUGCAAAUUCAGGAAACAUAACUUUUUUAGGAAACCGAGCUGAGGAGGAGCCUUGGUGCAGUUUGGGGAUGAAUUCUUUCCACUUUUAGGAGUUUCUUUUUGUUUAAAUGUUUAGCUAGUAGCAGCAUAUUCUACUUUGAUAUGUAUAUAACUUUAGAGAAAACGUUGUUGAAAUUUGGUAGUUGAUGAUCUUUUCUUUUUGGUAAUAUGCUAUUUUGAUUGUUGGUUGAUAACAAUUUUAAUGGGG